AUGGUCGAUAUCACGAUCGAAAGACAAUUGCCAAGAGUUCGAGAAAGUCGAAAAGCAGUGGACAACAACCCGAAAGAAGACGUAACCUAUGCUGUUUUUGUGGAAUUCCUGGGUCGGCAUAAAACGCCCUUCGAGCGGUUUGUGAUCUACUCCCAAUUAUCGUUGAAGUGGAAACCAGAUGUGAAAGAGGACCGCCGCUUAGAAACCCCAGACCUCAGUGUUGGCAAUUUUACCGCAGUCGGUGUCAUGCCGCCAUUCAAGUUGCGCUUUGGAGUGGAAGCAAAGCGAGCAAUUGAGGAGAUGAAGGGACUACCUCCGCCCAGUUCAAUCAUCAAUAACAAUGAAGUGAGAGUCGCUUUUCACACGCUCUACUUCCAAGCCCAGGAUCAAGCGAAGGCAGCCAUCAAAGGUCAAUAUCCACUGUUGGGUGGUACAGUGCAGUGGAUAUUACUUAUUGGGCCAUACUGGGUUCCUGUCAUUUUUGGUCCAUUUACAGAAGACGAACUCACAGUCUGCGCUCAUAAGAAGGAAUCACCAAGUGGGGACUGGCUGACACAAGUGAUCCUCAACCGAGAGAGGGAUGGUUUGCCGCGCCCCUUAACAGAACUCAAUCUGCUUUGCGAUAACAAUUCAUUUACUCGACUGGAGCAAAUUAUUUCUGCCACUGAUGCGCUCACGCAACCUCUCGUAAAUGCACUCAUGGCUUCAUUGGAGAGCCGGAGCUCCGGGUUUUGCAAGGCCCCAGAAAAGUGGGUGGACAGUACUUUCGGUUAUCAGGUCGCAGUAGAAAGAGCACAAAACGAGCAAGGUCUUGAGCUCCUUAUUACUCUUGGAGUGCUGUUGAGCGGCAGGUUGCAACUGUAA